CGUCAUAACAACACCACAUCACGGGUUUGACGCCGCCGUCUCUCUAACCGUCAGAUUGUUCUAGCCUCGGCCUCCCAUACCCGUGUAGCGCCGAUUCUAGUUUUUAGAUUGUCGUCGUUCUGAGCACUAGUGGACAGAAUAAGUGAGUCCAUGGCGGCGACAGUCACUACAUUCACGGUGACAGUAGUGAUGCUACUGCUAGUCACAAAGAAAAUUACAUCAGUUCAAGUGACGAUUGAGUCACCAACACUACAGUCUGGUACAAGUACUCUUAACCUGGCAAUUGGCCACACUUUGUAUUUGACAUGCCAAGUGACUGGAAUAUCAGCUUUUCAAAGAGCGUGGUUUCACAACGACACCAUGCUAGUAAUGAGCGAUACUGUUGAAAUAUUUAGAAGUGGUCAGGAAAUCCAUUGUGCAAAUGCAACGCAAGCAUCACGAGGACGAUACAGAUGUUGUGCAAAAACAGCACAACAACAGUUUUGCAGUGACGACGUCACAGUGGAUGUUAUAGAUCCACCGAUCUUGAGACAAAGAUGGAGUGACAAGAUCAUUCGUGUUGAAUACGGCACUAGAGCUUUCAAACUGUCUAUAGACGUCACAUAUGCAUUGACUAGCUUCUGUGCAUGGUACAAGGACGGCUUUCGGUUAUCACAACUGCAUGAGUGUCACUUUCCCACAAAUGGUCUGAUUGAGUUAAAGCUACCUUUUCACAAGGAUUCGAACGAUUCUUCGUUGAUCGACUACGACGACUCCGGGCAGUACAACUUCACUCUACAUGCAGUACUUUUUCCGGAUGUUGACUCGACCGUAUCGGUGACGUUGAUUGUUGUGGGUCCACCUGUUGCUCCUGAUGCUCCUUCGGUGUCUGUUAUCGGACACUCGAGUGUGUCUGUAACCGUCAGUUUUGAUUGGUCGAUGAUUGGUAAUAGAGAUAUGGGACCUGAUGUGUACCUGCUGCAGUAUGCACCGGCUGGUACUACGGAGUGGGUGACUCGAAACGUGUCAGUCAAUGUAUCACCCGGUAUGUCUGGUAUGAGGUAUUAUACUCGUGUGGUAAACAUCAGUCGACUACGUCCGUGUGCGAUCUAUAAUGUGAGGACGUUGGCAGAGAACAAGCAUGGAGUUAGUACGAGUCCUAUCGUCGAAGUGACGCUACCACCAGUGUCGUACGACGAAUUCCCACUGUAUUCUGAUCAUUCUAACGACAGAUUUGUAACAUCCAGUCAAAACGGUCACAAAAUUGUUUGCUUACCGCCACGUCUUUCAUCAACAAAAUUUGGUAACUCGAUAUGUCACUUGCCUGAAGACUCAAACUUGAACAAACAGGAGAUAUCAUCACUGAGUGUACUGCGUGUCACGUUGUCGUGUGCUAAAGGAGAAGAAGCACCUAACUGCACUUCUGUGUGCCCACUUGAAGUAGAUGAGUGUCUCGAGGGGCGUUGGACACUGAGUAUGCAGGAGAUCUGCUCAUACAAUGUACCUCAUCCUUUCAGUGAAACAACAGGCACAUCAAAGCCCACUACUCGUGACAGUAAUCACGGAGUCGGUGUUAGUGUCAGUUUGGGUGUCGUUGUUGCUGGCGUCGUUGGAAGCAUCGUUAUUGGUUGGAGGGAUUACCACUGGUUGGACUGAAAUUUCGAGUGUUUUACAAUUGAGCUUUACAAUUUACUAUUAUGUAUCUAAUGAUUAUUUGUGGAUUACUGUGCUCUAGAUUUUAUUUCAAGAUAUACAGUUAUAUUGACAGAUUAACUGCAAAGUUGUAAAGUUUUUUUGAGUGUAUGGUAGUCUAGACUUUUUGUGUUGACAAGGUGGUAUUUUCAUUAUUUGUGUACGUCUAUACUGAGACUGUGAAGCUACUGGAUGUAGAUACUUUCAAGUUUAUUAAGUUAAACAGCGCUCUCGAAGUUGUGGCUGUUGUUUUUAUUUUUAGCGUUUGUGGAGACAUAAUGUAAAAUGAAUUACUAGAUAGCUUACGUUGAGAAUCUUUACAGAG